GAUGCUGUAGAUGCUCAUCUGAAGAGGAGACAGAGGAGGAGGGAUAUCACCAGUUAAUAGCCGCUGUCUGUCCGCGUCAUGAGUGUGUUUCUCUUGGAGUGGGACCUGCAGCAGCGACGCGGCGUCAUGACUGUCCACAUUCUCCACGGAUGCGUUCACGAGUGACAUCCCCAGCUCCUCUGUUCACAUUUGUCCCCUCAGUGCGCCGCGGUACCAUUUUGGCACAGACAUUUGCUGAGCGAUCGCUGUGCGCACUUCAUUCUUCUUUUUCUUGGAUUUGUAAAACUUGCGGGACUUUACGAUCGCUUUGGGGAACAAAAGGUGCACGGAAGGACGUUAUUACAGGCUUCUGCUGGUGAAUGUAGCGGGGGGUUAACGUUUCUCUGCGGGGCGCACAGCGGUGUGUGGACACUGAACCAUCCUCGUGUUUGCCAGCUGUCCCACGAACACCAUGGCUCUCUUGGCACUUCUGCUCGCUCUGUCACUCCCAGGUGCCUCUCUGGUCUCACCUCCAGCCUUCCCCUUUCCUCCUGCCCCGGCUGACUGUGUGGAGGCUCAGCGUGUGUGCUCAGUGGACCCCCAGUGCGAGGCCUUGUACCGGGGUCUGGAGCUGUGUGCAGCCGAUGCGGCUGUGGCUACUCUGGGGGAACAGGUGGCCUCUGAGUGUCUGGAGCGUCAGGACACUCUACUGAGCAAACAUCCAGCUUUGCUCGUCUGCAAGUGCCAACGAGGCUUCCGCAAAGAAGAGCAGUGUCUGCGGGUCUACUGGACGGUCCGGCUGCUCCCAAGUGAGGAUGAGCUGGAGGUGUCUCCCUAUGAUGACACGCAGAUGGACAGUCGGAUGGCGUCUUUAGUGGCAGCGUCGUCAUAUAUGCAACUGGACGGAGAGAACCAGUGCCUGAAAGCUGCGCAGGACUGUGGCCUGUAUGAGAAGUGUGGCUCCCUGCGUUCGGAGUAUGUCCUGGCCUGCACCAAACGGAUGCCCGGUACCAGCCGCUGUAACCAGCACAAGUGCCACCGGGCCCUACGUCGCUUUCUGGAGAGGGUUCCUGAGGAGUACAGUCUUGGGGUGCUUUUCUGCCCCUGCACCAACACUUUGUGUGGGGAGAGGAGGAGGAAGACCAUAGUGCCCUCCUGUUCCUACCAGGAGAUGGAUGGACUGCAGCCCAACUGUCUGCACCAACAGAGCUUCUGCCGCCGGGACGACCUCUGCAGGUCCAGGCUGGCUGAUUUCCUCCAGAACUGCCAGCCCUCCUCUAUGACGGCCAGCGGCUGCCUGAAGGACUCCCCGGGCCUGUGUUUGCGGGCCUAUGCAGGACUCAUUGGAACCAUCAUGACUCCAAACUACAUCAGUAACAGCUCUGCGGAUGUGUCCCUGUGGUGUAACUGUGAGGGCAGCGGGAACCAGUGGCAGGACUGUCUGAGACUCCACCACAUGUUUACACACAACACCUGUCUGCGUAACUCUAUCAGCUGGAUGGGCGACCCUGGAUCCCUGCCGGCGGACUUCACCCCCCCUCCCGCCCCCCGACCCUCCCCGCUGGUUCAGGAGGAUGAGGUGCUGAGCAACAACCACCUGCCGGAGCACAGCAACAAUGUCGUAGUGGAGAGCGAAGAGGAGGAGGUCCAGAGACACCCCAGUGAUGAAGUGGAUGAAGGCGGGCAAUUCAAUGUCAUCCCCAUGUACUCGGAACGGGCCACCAUCUCCAACCUGGGCUCCUCUGGGACAGGAGGGGCUGCGUCACCCGUCUCCACCCCCCCCAUCCCUAUUCUCCUGGUGCUGCUGCUGAUAUCUGCGUCGCUCAGCUGGGGGUAGACAUGGGAUGGAUACAGCGAAGACACACGCACACACGUACACACACACUGACAUACUGGGACCUGCCAAACACUGGACUUCUCGGUGUACGAUGAAUUGAAAUAUAUAGUGAAGAAAUGGACUUCACGUUCUUGUCGGUAGCCCCCUCCCUCCUCCUUCUUUCCUGUUCCUCUCGACUGUCCUGGCUUUUUCCUGCUUCUUUUAUGUGGCACUUUUUAUCAUUUGGUCUGAUUGCACCUGCAGGGGGUGUUCCAGUCCGAUGACAAUUAGCAGUUGCAUGAAGCUGCUAACAACCAAUGAGCUUUGAGAAUGUGGCGUUGCUUUGACAGGUCCAGAAAUGUAGCCCGGGUACUGUGCUCGUCCAAGGCAUUAGUAUUAGAGGCUUCUUCAGGCGGUUAAUUAAUAUCACAUUUUACACAGACGAGCCAACUAGUGAGAUCAUUUCAUACUUGUGCAUUAUAUUUAACACAUACAGUAUUUAUAGAUUUAAUAUGUAAAUGAGCAAGUCUAACAUUUUCUUUUUUUUCUAUUUGAAUGUAAAAUUAUAUAUAAAUUAAGUAUUAAAUAAACGGAACUGUCCUUAAAGGGCCCAUAUUACACUAUGUUCUGAUCUAUGUUAUAAUGUUGUUUCCUCAUCACAAACAGACCUAGAGUGGUGUUUUGUUUCAUUCACACAUGUUUAACACACAAACCUACAUAUUUAGCCCGAGUUCUUCUCUCAAACAGAAAACAAUGCUCUGUUCCACCUUGUGAUGUCAUGUGGUAAUGUGCUCCACUGUGUUUUUAAACUGCAUACAACUUCACUACAACUACAACUUCACACUUCCUACAAAAGUUAAAGGUAGUUGUUAACUUAAAACUACUGCUUCAUGACAUCACAAGAUGGAACAUUUUGAGCUUUGGAGAAGUAGACAGACUACUAGUAAAGGAUUACUCGAACAUGUGUGAAUGAAACAAAGCAUGACUCCAGGUAUGUUUUUGAUGAGGUAACAAUAUUUUAACAUUGCUUAAAGCUCACAAGAGUCCAUUUUGUGUAAUAUAGGACCUUUAAUGUUGGCCGAAAAAGACCACAAAUCUGAAGAGGGAUUCAUACUGCAAAACUAAACUUAACUACCCGAAGAUUUGCAGAUUGUUUUAACAGAAAUCAGUGAUUUGUCAGUGAUCCGUUAAACAUUUUAUAAAAUAUGUUUGUUUAUAUUUGUGUAUAUAAUAUGUUCAUGAGUUUACAAGCGGCAGAUGUUUUUACAUGAAGUGUGUGAGGGAGUUUUGGUUAAGCUAAUUUAGAAUUUGUGACAGCUACUUGUUUGUAGAUUAGAUUAGGCUAAAAGCACUUUAAUUAUAGUAUUUUUUAUGUGCCACCACCUUUGCGAAGCCAAAAUGUGAAAACAGUUGUGAAAUUUAAAUAAACACAUAAAUAAAAGGGGUUUUGAAGGUUUUGCCUGUGGAAAAGAGUUAAAUGCUGAAAUACCUCCACCAGCUGCAGUCAGACCAUCUCGUGUUUGAGAGCUGACGAUUUGUUCACCUGUGGGUCACCUGACAACACAUUCUGCUGCAGAGCUGCUGUCUGUCUGAAUCAUAGCUAUGAUCAAUGAUAAAGUACACACUACUAUACCAUAUAUGCUGUCUAAUGAAUGUGUGAUGUGUUGUUGCAAGCAGAAUGGGGGAAGAAAAUAUAGUAUCCUUUUUACACUUCUAACAUAUUUUGCAUUUCCCAUUCUCUCUUUAUUGCUCUAUGUCCGCUCCCCACGACUUUGGCCGGGACCUGGAGCAACCACCGGCGUCCAUAUGAAUAAAACCGACAUAAAAACAACACGGCAGAAACAAUACGAGCUCUUAAACGGCAGAACAAAUCAAAUAACUCCCCAGCAGCGAAAAACAGAGCGCUCAUGACACGCCAAUGAAACGAGCGCGAGACAGAUGUAUGGAGGAGAGAAAUUUAGUACACAAAAAAUAAGGCCAAGUCCCUGUGUGGUCUUUGUGUGUUUGAUGUUUUACUUGUUUUUACUUUGGGAGGCUGAUAAUCAGUCCCUGACAACAUCUCUUUAUCAUCUGACAGGCUCCUGGGGGGUGGUGCGUAUUUGGGGGAGGGGAGGGGUACGAGGCAGUGAUAGAAAUAGUGCACUAUAGCAACAACCCUGGAGCAAAAACAUAGCACACUGAAUUGCGCUCUUGAUUUUCUAUGUCUUAUAAAUCUUUUGCUGACACAUUCUCCCCCAUUCCAAUCGCUUUUGUUUUCCCAUUUUCCAGGGUAGGUGUAAAAUUAACUUCCAUCUGCGGGGGUGCCAUUGGGAUAAGGGGCAGGAGGAAGAGGAGAAGAAGGCGGAGAUGGUGAGGAGCAGGCAACAGAUAUAUGGAGAGAAUUAAGACAGUUAGGACGAAAAUGAGGGACCAUGUUAUGCAAAAUACUAUAAUGGUUUCCCCUCAUCUUCACUUAAACAGAGCUGAUUUUUGAUUGAUUCAGUAAUUUUCCUGCAUUUGAGGUUUUCCCCUAUCCCCGCCCUGUGCUCACUUGUAAACAUUGUCUUGUUAAGCUUUAAUCCUGCAGUUUUUUCCUUAAUUAAAUUUCAACAAGACAAUUUUACCAACUGUAAAACUGCAUUAUCAUAAAAGGAAUGUUUAGGUAAUAUUUGAACUCUAAUGCAGUGUGAAAUUUCUAAUCGCUACUCUAGAAUUUGAAUCAAUAUAAAAUGUUUAUUAUCAACAUCUGGCCAAAGGUAUCCUGAGACAGACCAUGAGGCGGUAGAAGGCGCCCCCCCUCCAUCUAAUCUGUAAUACGUAAUAGAACACUAUAAAGAUCAUCUCAAUGAGGAGCCAAUCAGAUCAAAUCUAAGAAAAAAAAAAAACAGAUUCAAAGUAAGACAAGUCCAUUCACAGUUGAUAUUAACUCUGGCCUUGUGUGAUCGAUCAGGACCAGCUUUAAUAUCAGGCCUGAAGAAGCACAAAAAGAAUGAAGGGAGAAAGGAGGAUAGAAUGGAGAUAAGGGCCAGGGUAAAGGUGGGUUUCUUUGUGAAGACAAGAAAUCUAUCUACAAAAGGAUACGUCAGGAGAUAGAACAACGUCUGCGGUGUACUUUAACCUCUGCAUUCCCCCGAGCGUGUCCUCUUCCUAUACCUCAGGAAAACACACUUCUACACAAUGUGAAGGAGUCUCCAUGUGCUCUCUCCGCUUGCACAAAAGCCCUGUCAAUCAGCGCCAAGAGAUAAGAUACAGAUAAGAGUGAAGCUGCACCUCAGACACUUAACAUGCGCAAACUCACCGCCCCGUUACAAUAAGUAUAAGAAGUCAUAAACAGCAAUCAGCCGCAACCAUCCAACACGGGAUACUGAUUAUAAUGGAGCACCGGCCUUCAUUGUAAUUGCAUGCUACACUGUGGUGCUUUUAUUAAGGGCGAACAGAGAAUGGAGGGUGGGCAUAGGGGGAGGCUGGAGUUAACAUCCAGAAUAAGUUAAAUACGAUGUUGCGUGUGGCUCUGUUGUUGCACAUUCAUUAGUGC